CCAUGUAUACAUGUUGAAAACAGCGUCGACGCAUUUCACUGCUGUGUAAUACAACAACAAGAAAAAUCUUUACUAAAGAGAAUCUACCCUAUAGAAACCUUACACAGACAGUCAUAAAAUCUCGUAGUGGAUCCUGUGUCAAUCAUGUGCGUCAGAGGAACUUAUCAACUGUGCACGCAGUGACUAGCUAUGCACUCGGCAUUAAGAGCCAUUCUGAGCUAACCGAGGAUUUCCAUCAGUGCUAAACAGAUCUGAAUGGCGUCGUCAUCCCGUCAAACUAACGCCAGACGUCUCCCUCCCUUACCAGGCCUUGGGAGGAAGGGGACGAGUAGUAAGGGUCCCAGCCCUGGACCUACCCUCUACCCCGGGAGGGACAAGAAACAUGUCGUGCACGAUAUGCUCAUUACAGGUCCAGCCAAUACUAAAAAGCCCUACUCCCAUAUGAAGAUGCGAAUGGAUCAGCGGCCUAGGCCAUCGUCAAAGUCUAACUUCAGCCAAGGUACAAAAAUGAACGGCACCAUGGUUGGGGGACGAUAUCUGACUAACGAUGGCGUGAUACCCCCACAAGAUUUGACCACGGAGGUCGUGACACAAUAUCUCAAUGAAAAUCCCGAAUUUCUGGACCGCUACGUCUCAGCACAUAUCAAUAAUGAACGCUUGGAGAAAUGGUCCAAUCGUCGCCUCGCCAACAGCAAGCAGAGCAACAGACAAAGGUUGACAGAGUCAGGACUGAUAAACGGAGAUUCUCAAGAAAACAGAAAACCAACAAUCGCCAAAUGGAAAUCCUGUCUACAAGCAGACAAAUGGAGGCUCCUGCAAGAUUUGACGAGGGACAUGAACCAGUUGUCCAACCGGAGUCAAAUUCUGUACGAGUUGGCGUGUUGUAUGGCGUCAGCAAUGAAUGCGGACGGUUUUAACUUGUGCCUGAUGGAUGAAAACAACGAGGAGAUUUUCCAGUACAAACCAAACGGUCAGGGAAAAUCCCAAUCAGUGCAUUCAAGACACAUUGGAAAGGGCAGUACUCUCUCGGCUUAUGUCGCGUAUACAAAGGAAAGCAUUCGGCUUAAUGAUAUAAUACAGGACUCCCGGUUCCCAGAAGGCUUGGUAUCCGGAAGCGACAAGGCCCAGUCAGUGAUUGCGCAGCCAAUCAUAUACUCCUCCGGGGAAGUUCUAGGUGUGGUUGAAUUAUACAGACAUAUUGGAUGUCCUUACUUCAGCGUGGAUGACGAAGAGAUGGUAGCCAAAUUCCUGCUCUGGGGAAGCGUAGCUGUUCACUUUGCUGAGAUGUACCAUGCAAUGACGAGACAGCGGAAACUCAACGAUUUCCUAUUAACUGUAACUAAAUCAAUAUUUCAAGAUAUCGUCAGCAUGGACACUCUUAUAAUGAAGAUUAUGAACUAUGCAAAAAAGCUUGUGAAUGCUGAUAGGGCGUCGCUUUUCCUGGUCGAUAUGCGAUCACGUGAACUGUACGCCCGAAUAUUUGACACCGGUUCCACGGAGGAGCCAGACAAAAACCCAGUACUUCAGAAAGAGAUAAGAUUCCCCAUGGACAAAGGUGUUGCAGGUCACGUGGCAUCUACAGGACAAAUUCUCAAUAUUUCAGACGCAUAUAAAGAUGAUAGAUUCACCAGGGAGGUCGAUCUUCAAACCGGUUACACGACAAAAACCAUCCUGUGCAUGCCUAUAUACAUCCGAGGAAUAAUUAUAGGUGUUGUUCAGAUGGUGAAUAAACUCAAUGGUGUGUUUAAUAAAGCGGAUGAGGAAUCGUUUGAGACGUUUGCUGUGUACUGUGGACUGGCUCUCCAUCAUGCUAAGCUGUACGACAAGAUUCGCAGAUCCGAGCAGAAGUACCGCGUAGCUCUGGAGGUUCUGUCCUACCAUAGUCAGUGUGCUGAGGACGAGUUCGAGGAACUAAAGAUGAAGGCUGUACCUGACAAGCUUCCUCAUCUAAUAGACUACAACUUCUCGCCAUGGGCGGUAACCGGUGAUGAACAACCGCUCUACGUUAUUUAUAUGUUCAGAGACUUAUUUGAGCUGAACAGAUCUCCAGAAGACGAAAAGAGAUUUGACCUUCACGACCUCCUGAGGUUCACCCUCACGGUCAGAAAGAACUACCGAAAGGUGCCGUACCACAACUGGGCGCAUGCGUUCUCCGUGGCACAUGCGAUGUACACAGUGAUCAAAACCUCCUCACAUCAGUUCACCCCUAUUGAGUGCUUAGCCUUAUUUGUGGCCUGCCUCUGCCAUGAUCUUGAUCAUCGGGGGAAGAACAACGCCUUCAUGGUGAAGAGUGCCUCGCCUCUAGCGGCCGUGUACUCAACGUCCACCAUGGAACACCACCACUUCAACCAGACGGUUACCAUUCUGCAGCACGAAGGGCAUAAUAUUUUCAAGCACUUGUCAUCAGACGAGUACAAGCAGGUUCUCGGUGAAAUAAGACAUUGUAUCCUUGCAACAGACCUAGCGCUUUUCUUUGGCAAUCGCGCCAAGCUGAAGGAAACCGCAGAAAAAGGAGAGUUCUCCUGGCAAAACGAGGAACACAGAAAAAUUUUGAGAGCCAUUACCAUGACCGGAUGUGACCUUUGUGCCAACAUGAAACCCUGGGACGUACAGGUCGAGACGGUCAAGGUCAUCUUCGAGGAGUUUUACGAACAGGGUGACCGAGAGAAGGAGCUGGGCAGCAAACCCAUCCCAUUAAUGGACAGGGAUUGCGCCGACGAUUUACCUCAGACUCAGGUGGGCUUUAUUGUGGGCAUAUGUCUCCCAUGUUACGAGCUGAUGGCGGAUAUUUUACCGGAAACGAAGGCAAUGGCUGACGGGGCAUCUGCUAACUUAAGCAAAUGGAAGGAACUUUCGGAGACACAGAAAAAAGAGCGUGAAGAAAAAGAUCGCGCCAUAAAGGACAAAGAAGGGGACAGUCAACCUGAGAAAAAGGCAGAUAACUCGUGAUAUUUUAGGGGACCUACUGGCAGCGACCUGCACGUCUGUGACAUGGAGACAUACUUCCUGUAUUUCGGAAGCGAUCUCAUCCGAUACGAUUGAAUUAUUUUGUCAUUUUACUUAUUCGCCUCUUACGAAAUUUGGUGCAUGUCUCUGCGCAAGCGUUGCUACAAUGUCGCUUCCGAUGUGUAAAAGGCAGUUGCACCGUCACAGUUACUUAAUAAUGCACGGGUGGUGAUUGUUUGGUGUAGUCUUUACUUAUUGGCUCAUAAAACAUAGACUCACAAGCAACAGCCAGUUAAAUGGUAGAUUUAUGUGAGUGUCCCAGCGGUUACGUUUUCCUGACUAUCUUAAAUCUAACAUAGGCAGUUCUACAUAAAUAGUUCAGUGACCGUACUGCUCUUUGAUAAAAGACAAAGGAUUUGUGACUGACCGCUGGCGAAAAUCAACUCAGAUAGCCAACUGAUUGCUAAUGCAUGAAAAUGCAUUGUGGGUAAACACACGAAUAACAAUUAUUGGAUGUACGAGCUCCAGACGUCAUCGGGGAAUGGAACUCGUCACCAAAAAUGGUAAGGACGUCUUUGACCUACAUAUCUAUGAAAGUGACACUGAGAUGAAUGCCACAGUUUAGGCUGGCUUGAUUUGGAGAUUUAUAUUGCCAACGACCAAAAGCCAAUAACAGACAUAUGGUUUUGAUCUAUGGACAUACUGACCAAAGGUCUUUGUGUGGCUUUAUGAGUGUAUAUUUAAGAGUAACAUAGGCAGCUAACUGAAAUACGACAAGUUUAAGCGCAGUGAGUGAGAGUGCUGCGACCGCUACACAAAGGAAAAAAUGUAGGACGAAAUAUGUACAUUUACUGUUGCAUUCCUCAUGGCAGCUGUUUAUGUGUUGGACUUGCGGAUUUGUGAGUGCAGACGUACCCACACAGGCGUUGGACAAUCCAGCUUUGACUGGGCGAUCAGGCGAAUAAUAACUCAAAUACAGAAAACGUGCACAAAAGCUGGAUGUGUAUGGAUUAGAGCACGGUAACGUGUAGUCAACGUGUAGUCAACGUGUAGUCAACACAGGUGACAGGACACCGAUGCUGUUCAGCCUGUUGUCAUGGACUGCCUUCUGGUGAAUGUGCCACUCAGAGCUACACACUCAACCGUACAUGGCGUAAUACGCCACAAGCUUACAAACAGCUCCUCUGCGCCAAGAUUCAACAUAUGUGAUAUUUGACAAUCCGUUGUGUGUGUAAGUUUGCCUUUAUUGUGUGUAAUAGAAUUUGUUUCAUCAAUGAUCGUAGCUUAAUCAAAGUUUUAAAUGUGUUCUUUAUCCAUAGAAACCUUAGCAAGUGCUACAAAUAAAUAUGUGAGAUAUUGUUUGGUGAAAUGACAUGGUCUUUUAUAGACAAUUUAGUCAUCAUUUCCAGUGAUCACGGGUUAUACUUUGAGACAUUCAGCUCUUGUAAAACAACUGCCAGAUACCGUCCUUUACUUUCAUUCGAGUAUUUUAUCAUUCGUAAAAAUCUUUUAAUAAAUGAAUGAACAGAUAGCUACACCCUAGAAAUAUUGUUUAGAAUAGGUUAAACUAGUACCUGGUUUUAUCUCUUUUUAUAUGUACUUAGUAGUAGUGCAGCUUUGUUAGACAGACGUUUCGAACGGACUUCAAUCCCGAUGGCAGACACAGAUUUGAAAACCAAAUGCUUAUAUCUUUAUUGAACAAUGUGAUAUGAUUAGAUGCGUUGUUUCCCUAAUUAAGGCAUAACUCCUGGUCCUGAUACCUGUGAUGUUUUCCUAUGUUUACAAAGUGAUAAUGAUUUCCAUUAUACGUAUUUAUUAUAAUAGCUGUGUGUUGAGUAUCGUCGCAAUGUAACAAAGAAACAUAUAAGCCUUCUUAACUUUCUGCAGCUUUGUAUUCCGAUUGCAGUCUCGAACGUAUUGUUCUUAUCAAGGAAUGGAGUAUAACAGUUCGACAGGCUCUAUAUGAAAUCGAAAUUCCUAGAACGUUGUAAAGCCAAUCUUUGAGGAUGAUAUAUUUUCCCCUAAGGAAGAGGCAUUUUGUGAGGUGAUACCUAUGUCGUUUGAGCUCAGAAACAUCGUAUGAAUGAGUCUUUAUUUCCUGUAAGUAGGUCCAGGCCAAUUUUCUGACUCAUCAGGUGUAUCGUCACCUCACCACAAAUGCAUGUACUGUGCACAUCAGAUUAUGGGCUCACAUACAAACCCACCUGCGAGAAUUGCAAAAAACCAUUGUAUGAGCGUGGUUUUAUUCUCUUCUUUUAGUGGCCUCUACAUUAUAUUUUACACCAGAGCGUUAUUUGUUGACUUUUUAUAACAGUGUUGGCUUUCUUUGUAAUAAUGUGGCUUUUUAAUACCAGUGAUUCACUCAGUGGCGUAUAAAAUAUUUCGUACGUCUUCAGUUUGUGAGAAGUGAAGAGCUACUCUUCUCACGUGCACAGGUACCUAGCUUUUUCAGGAGUUUCUGUGCUAUUCGCACAUAUGUGUGUAAAUCACAUCAAAACCGAAUGAUAACUAAAGGGGCGUUUGAUGAUAUGACUUUCUCUGUAUCGCACAAAUUCUGCACAAUGGUUUGCUCAACCAGGGUGUGUGACAGAAUCAGUUCUAUAAACCGCUGGAUCAGUUAAACCGUUUCAUAUCUAUACUGUUAACGUUUCAAUAUUUCGUUCUUUUCAGCUGUACUGUUUGUUUUACUUGACAUACUUUCUACACCUCUUAACACCCUCGUCAUAUUGUAUGGAGUAUUUCUGACUAGUAGUUCAGAUUUUAUUAAAAUAUGUGUUAACUUAU